AGCCCGGCAACUUAGAUGUCGGAGGGCUUAGUUGUGGCUGUUGGUGGAGAGAGAACCGGGCGGUAGCCGCGGUGCACGCAUCGCGGCGGGAGAGGAGUGAAAGGGAAGAAAUGCAGAAAUCAGAUUGCCCUGCAGGUGUACAGUUGAAAAACAGAGUAACAGGUAAUUUUGAUCAAAGGACAUCCACGGGUACACAAAUAAAACACAAGACUACAGUUCAGCAAAGCAAAUCCUCCUCCUCCACCAGCUCUCCAGAGUGCACGCGAAAAGUUCAUCCUCGACCAAGCGAUAAACUUAACCCUAAAACAAUUAAUCCUUUUGGUGAACAGUCACGAGCUCCUUCUGCAUUUGCAGCUAUUUAUUCUAAGGGAGGUAUUCCUUGCAGAUUGGUCCAUGGUUCAGUAAAGCACAGAUUACAGUGGGAAUGCUCUCCUGAAAUUCUUCCAUUUGACCCUCUUCUUAUUACUUUAGCUGAGGGUCUGAGAGAAACAAAGCAUCCUUACACCUUUGUGUCCAAGGAGGGCUUUAGAGAGUUACUUUUAGUUAAAGGUGCUCCUGAAAAGGCUGUACCUUUGCUGCCUAGACUGAUUCCUGUGCUAAAGGCGGCGCUGGUCCAUUCAGAUGAUGAAGUGUUUGGGAGAGGGUUGAGUGCCCUGGUACAGUUAAGUGUCGUAGUUGGUCCUUCUCUUAAUGACCAUCUGAAGCACCUGCUGACGAGCCUUUCCAAGAGACUAAUGGAUAAGAAGUUCAAGGAGCCCAUCACUAGCGCACUACAGAAACUGGAACAGCAUGGUGGAAAUGCUAGCCUUACAGUCAUCAAAUCCAAAAUUCCAACCUAUUGCUCUAUAUGCUGUUGACUAAGGGAAACAACAGGAGUCAUCUUGCUUCUUUCUUGCAGAUGUCACACACUGAGCACAUGUAUGCAUGGACCAUUUAUUCAGUUCCACUUAUUGUUUUGUAGAUCACAUCCACAGUUGAUUAGUGGUUAGAUCAGGAGAGUGUAUGGAUGAAUCACAGUAAAUGUUGUCAACAAAAACAGGCAGGUAAUAAUGGAAAACUAUUAAAAGAAUUUCUGUAAUAGUACAACUUUGUAGGUCUUUUUUUCUUGUGUAUAUCAUAGUAUGAAACAACAUCACUGAAUUUAUAAGAUCUGAUGUAUUUAUUUUCUAGUACAUUUUUAUUCAAAACAUCUCAUUGCCAAUUUUUCUGUAGCUGUGCACUUAUUUCUGUCAACUAUUCUUUUGGCAAUUUUUUGCUUUUUGUAAUUUUUUAGGGCUAGAGAAAUUUGAAAUAGAAGAUAAGCAUUUGGGAACUUAAUCUUUGUUCUUUCGAAAUAUGUAUUUUACAAUGUAGACUGGUUGGAAGGAUUUCACUCCAGAGAAUUCUAUUUUAGGAAGUUUGCUUUAAAUAUUCAAAUUCUAUUGUAAGCAUGUUGUUUUGUACAACUUGUUAAAGUUGCCUAAACUUUAGGUGUUAAUUAUAUUGAAGUAAAUGUUAUCUUUGAAUUUCAUAGCCUGAAAAUACUGAUGUACACACAAAGAUAUUCAAAAAUUAAAAUCUUGAUAUUCAUAUGC